AUUUGCUUGGUUUGCGCAUUGCAAAUCGUAUGCUAUCUUUAAAUAUUUAUCCCUAGUUGGCGUAUAUUUCUUGACAUUAAAAAAUGGCUGCUGUAGGUCUAUGGAGAGUAACUAGCAGUGCAUUAUUUUGUCGUUUUGUGAUAAAAAAUACACAGACCAAAUCAUUUCCAGCAUCACGAAACAUAUGCUUCAGUGUGUCUCAACAUGCAGCUGCCAAAGAUGCGGAAGGGGAAGAUUCUGGCAAGCCAAAACGACUAAUUGUAGAUCCAGAUACCAGCAUACGAUAUAUGAAUAGCAAAGCUUAUGAAGAAGCCUAUGGGGGAAAUCCAGUCUGGUUUCACUAUCGCAGGAAUUUCAAGGGUCAGGUGGCCCCAAGGACAAGGAGAACAUGUAUUCGUCAAGGUAUAAUUAAAACAGCAAGUCCAUGCCCUAUCUGUCGAGAUGAAUAUCUGAUUGUGGAUCAUAAGAAUGUGAAGCUGUUGGAACAGUUCAUCUCUCCAUACACUGGGGAAGUUCUCAAUUCCAGAAAGACAGGAGUCUGUCAGGUGCAACACAAAAAACUUGUGAUUGAAGUGAUGAAAGCACGAAUCGAAGGCCUGGUGGAGAAGGUGAUACCAAUUAGGGAAUAUGAUUAUGACCAAUACUAUGACCAAAAGACUGGUAAAGUGUUAUAAAGGGAAGCAGCAAGUGUGUUGAUUUUUUUUUACUAAAUAAAAAGAACUUUUUCUGAA